CUCUCCUGGUUGGCCGGUCCCAGAGUCGUGACUGACUGGCCGAGUUGUGUGUGUGAGCGAGAGAGAGUUCAACAGCAGCAGCAGCUCUUCGUGAUGGGUGGUCGUUCCACUCGUGUGACGUUUCGAGCCCAGGUUGGAUGCCUGUGGAGGCCACGAGGAGUCAGAUGCCACCUCCCUUUCCCCAGGUUUCCCAAGGUAACCUUAUGAAAUGGUGAAAUUAAUUUGUACUUUAACAGAUCACAGUGACGAUAUCAACUACUGUGCCUUUUCUUCUUCCUUCUUGGCUACAUGUUCCUUGGACAAAACUAUCCGUCUGUAUUGUUUAAGCAAUUUUGAAGAGCUUCCUUACUCACCAUUAAAAGGCCAUACUUACGCUGUUCACUGCUGCUGCUUUUCUCCUUCGGGACACAUUUUAGCUUCUUGUUCUACUGAUGGCACCACGGUUCUGUGGAACACUCAAAAUGGACUGAAGCUAGCAGUUCUCGAGCAUCCCUCAGGAAACCCUGUAAGAAUUUGUCGAUUUUCUCCUGAUUCCUUGUAUUUAGUUUCAGGAGCAGCUGAUGGCAGUGUAAUUCUUUGGAACGUUCAGACUUUGAAAGUCCAUCGAUCCGGCAGUGUUCAGGAUGGCUCCUUAGUGGCCUGCGCAUUUGCUCCUAAUGGAAGCUUCUUUGUGACAGGAUCAUCAUGUGGAGAUUUAACUGUUUGGGAUGACAAAAUGAGGUGCUUGUAUAAUGAGAAAGCUCACGAUCUUGGAGUCACCUGCUGUGACUUUUCUUCGCAGCCAGUUUCAGGUAAUAAACAAGAAUUCCAGAUGGCUUCUUCUGGGCAGGAUAAUGUAAUUAAGAUAUGGAUUGUUUCAUCCGCUGAUCCCAUAGGCAUGGAAUUAAGAUGUAAACAUACAUUAAGUGGACAUACUGCUCCAGUUCUGGCUUGUGCUUUUUCCUGUGAUGGGCAAACAGUAAUAUCUGGAUCUGUGGACAAAACAGUUAUUAUUUUUGAAACUAACACUGGAAACAUCCUACACACUUUGACUCAGCAUACCAGGUAUGUUACAACUUGUGCCUUUGCACCAGAUAUUCCAUUAUUUGCUACGGGUUCUAUGGAUAAAUGUGUGAACAUCUGGCAGUUUGAACCAAAAAAACUUUUCACAGAAACUGCACGAAAAGAGAGUCCAAAAACAUCCAUUGAGAACUGGUCAGAAGAAGAUGUUUCAGUUUGGCUAUGCAAUCAUGGUUUAAAAGCCCUCGUAGAGAUUUUCCAAAAAAAUAACAUUGAUGGUAAAGAGCUGCUGAGUCUUACAAAAGAAAGUUUGGCUGAUGAAUUAAAAAUUGAAUCUUUAGGCCUUCGCAAUAAAGUGUUAAGGAAUAUUGAAGAACUGCAGAUGGAAAGGAAAUCUGCCUGUGAGGCUGUGCCUGAUGAAUUCCUGUGUCCUAUAACAAAGGAACUUAUGAAAGAACCAGUCAUUGCUGCAGAUGGCUACUCCUAUGAGAAGGAAGCAAUGGAAAACUGGAUUGUUAACAAAAGGCACUCGAGUCCUAUGACAAAUCUCCCACUUCAGAGACUUGUACUUACCCCAAAUAGAACUUUGAAAAUGGCUAUCAAUCGCUGGUUAGAAACACAGCCAGUGCACAAUCAAAACCCACGGUCUUAAAUAACUUGAGUAAUUUUUCGGAUUAGAGGAAAUCAAACUGGAGGUGGAUAAUUCAGAGUGUAAGCUUCUUGGUUCAGGUAUCUGUCAUCUCUCUAAAUGAAUAUUAUAAAUUCCUUUACACAUAAAUGUGAACACUGGGGAGGGGGGAAGAAAAAUUCUGUAGACUGAAUUAUAUACUGUAUAAAGUGAGUGAUCAUAAAAAAUGUUCUAACGGGAUAUGAGGUUCCAUUAGUACCAGAAAUACUAUUUCUGAACUAUUGGCAGGACGUAACAAUUCCUAGAAUACUAAUUAAUAGUUUUCUGGUGGCAGCAAAAACAGUGAUUGCCCUAAAAUGGAACAAGAUCUCUCUGGUACAACAAGGUCUGACCAUCUUCUCCAAUCUGAGAUUUAUCCGAAAAUGACUCAGUUCACAGAAGAAUGGUUUCCAUUUCUUGAAUAUGUAACUACAAAUAUUCAACCACAUGAUCCCUCUCACCGGACUCUGCUGCAUCUUUAAAUAUCAAGAACUUGUCUAGAUAGGACUGAUUUGUUAUAUCCUUGACUGGUGCAAUGUUUGGCUGUGCAGUGCUUACUGGCACUGAUAGACCACUCUCGCUGUUUAUGAUGCACACAUGUAUGUAAUCUACUGCUUUACUUACUGCUAGUAUGUUCACUAAGUGCAAUUACUAUAGCUCAGUGAUUGUAAAUAAUUCCUA